AUGAAGGACUGCGUAGACGUCCAACUUCGUGACCAACAGGCAGGAUUCCGUAAGGAUAGAUCGUGUACAGACCAAAUCGCAACUCUACGGAUCAUUGUGGAACAAUCAAUUGAAUGGAAUUCAUCACUCUACAUCAACUUCAUUAACUACGAAAAGGCAUUUGAUAGCGUAGACAGAACAACACUAUGGAAACUUCUUAGACACUACGGCGUGCCUCAGAAGAUAGUCACUAUCAUACAGAAUUCAUAUGAUGGAUUACACUGCAAAAUCGUGCAUGGAGGACAGUUGACAAAGUCGUUCGAAGUGAAGACCAGUGUCAGGCAAGGUUGCUUACUCUCACCCUUCCUCUUUAUCCUGGUGAUCGACUGGAUCAUGAAGACGUCAACGUCUGAAGGGAAGCACGGGAUACAAUGGAUAUGUAGGAUGCAGUUGGACGAUCUAGACUUCGCAGAUGAUCUGGCCCUUCUAUCCCAAACGCCACAGCAAAUGCAGGAGAAGACGAACAGUGUGGCAGCAGCCUCAGCAGCAGUAGGUCUAAAUAUACACAAAGGGAAAAGCAAGAUUCUCCGAUACAACACAGCAUGCACCAAUCUAAUCACAAUUGACGGAGAAGAUCUGGAAGAUGUAAAAACCUUUACAUAUUUGGGCAGCAUCAUUGAUGAACAGGGUGGAUCUGAUGCAGAUGUGAAGGCGCGGAUCGGCAAAGCAAGAGCAGCAUAUUUACAACUGAGGAACAUCUGGAACUCAAAGCGACUUUCAACCAACACCAAGAUGGAGAUCCAGGCAAUCCACCAAAAUUUACACUGGGAACCUAAUAACAUACAGAAUGCCAAUUAUACUUCGGAUGAGGAUGAAUUCGAAAGUGGAAACAGUACAGCAAAACUGUACGAACGAUCGCGUAUUAAAGCACUUGCAGACGAACGUGAGGUUGUUCAGAAAAAGACAUUCACAAAAUGGGUGAACUCCCACCUUUCGGUUGUGUCUUGCAACAUCGAAGAUCUAUACCUAGAUCUAAGGGACGGGAAAAUGCUCCUAAAACUCUUAGAGAUAUUAUCUGGUGAACGUCUUCCUCGACCCACAAGGGGAAAAAUGCGAAUCCAUUGUUUAGAGAAUGUUGACAAGUCCUUAAAUUUCCUGUGUGAUCAGCAUGUUCACCUAGAAAAUGUGGGUGCUCACGAUAUCGUAGACGGAAAUUCACGAUUAACACUUGGACUUAUUUGGACAAUUAUUUUGCGUUUCCAAAUCCAAGAUAUAAUUGUUGAAGAAUAUCAGACAAGUGAAACCCGAUGCGCUAAAGACGCUUUGUUAUUGUGGUGCCAAAUGAAAACUGCAGGUUAUCCCAAUGUAAAUGUUCGGAACUUUACGACAAGUUGGCGUGAUGGUUUAGCUUUUAAUGCUUUAAUUCAUAAACACCGACCUGAUCUAAUUGAAUACUCCAAACUGUCUAAAUCAGAGCCAAUUAAAAACCUGACUACCGCCUUCAGUGUUGCCGAAGAAAAAUUAAAUCUUCAUCCUCUUUUAGAACCAUCUGACGUGGCUGUUGAACAACCAGAUGAAAAGUCUAUUAUUACCUAUGUUGUUACAUAUUACCACUACUUUAACAAAAUGAAAGCUGAUACUGUACAUUCGAAAAGGAUUGGUAAGGUCGUCAACCAGGCCAUUGAAACUGAUGACAUGAUCAAUCAAUAUGAACAAUUAACUUCUGAUCUUCUUGACUGGAUAAAGAAAACCAUAAAGCUUUUAGACGACCGUACAUUCGCCAAUUCACUUUCGGGUGUUCAACACCAGUUAGCCGGCUUCAACACUUACCGAACCGUCGAAAAACCUCCCAAGUUCAGAGAAAAAGGGGGUCUUGAAGUUUUACUUUUCACUAUUCGCAGUAAAAUGCGUGCCAACAAUCAAAGACAAUAUAAUCCACCCGAAGGAAAAAUGAUAGCAGAUAUAAAUCGUGCCUGGGAAAUGCUUGAAAGAGCUGAACAUGCACGGGAAUUAGCUGUACGAGAUGAACUUAUACGUCAGGAGAAGUUGGAACAACUUGCCUCUCGUUUCGACCGUAAAGCUGGAAUGCGAGAAACUUGGCUUACAGAUAAUCAACGACUCGUUUUACAAGAGUUCUUUGGUGAUAACCUUGCUGCUGUUGAAGCUGCAACAAAGAAGCAUGAGGCCAUAGAAACAGAUAUAUAUGCAUAUGAAGAGCGUGUAAAUGCUAUGGUCAAUGUUGCAGAGGAGCUGAAGAGAGAAAAUUAUCAUGCUCAUGAAAAUAUCCAGUUGCGGAGGGAUAAAGUACUUGCUAUGUGGCGUAAUCUAUUGGACUCACUUAGCAUUAGACGCCAGCAUCUAGAACUAAGUUUACAGUUACAACAUAUCUUCCAAGAAAUGACCUAUUUGAUGGAUUGGAUCGAAGAAAUAAAGAGCCGUCUUAAGUCGCAGGAUUAUGGUAAACAUUUGAUGGGUGUUGAGGACCUCUUGCAAAAGCAUAAUUUAUUGGAAGCUGACAUUCGUGUCCUCGGCGGUAGAAUGAAUCAGGUUGUUGACCAGGCCACCCCAUUUAUUGUUGGGUCAUUUACGCCGGAUAUGGGUACAUACAAACCAAUUGAACCCGAAAUAGUUCAGGAGCGUACUGAAAAAUUACGUGCGGCGUAUGAUGAUUUACAUGACUUGGCGGAGGCUCGUCUUCGUGGUCUUCGGGAUUCACGGGAAAUGUGGCAAUUUUUCUGGGAUAUGGAGGAUGAAAAGGAAUGGAUCAAAGAAAAAAGCCAGCUUAUGUCCAGUCCAGACUUGGGUCAUGAUCUAAGUUCAGUAAGUCGACUUUUACGUAAACAUAAAGCUCUUGAAGAAGAGUGUCAAAUGCAUCGAGCUGUUUUAGAAGAUGCAUUGAAGCAUGGUGAACAACUUAUUACUGAUGGAAAUCAAGGUGGUGAGCAAAUAUCCCAGCGUAUCGUUGAAAUGAAUCAAUUAUGGGGUCAAUUAGUUGACUUGAUAACAGAGCGUAAACAACGCCUAAUUGAGUCACAGGAUUUCUUCCAACUAAUGGCAGACUGUGAUGAUGCAGAUGUAUGGUUGACUGACCAACAACGCAUUGUUAGCAACGAAGAUGUAGGUCUUAAACAAGCCACAACAGUGUCUUUACUGAAAAACAACCAGGAAGUUAUGGAUAAUCUUCAAAACUACCAAGAAACAAUAUCUCAACUAAAUCAAGAUGCAUCACGAGUUUCUGAUUAUCCAGACAGUGAUGCCACAGCUAUAGCACAUCGUUUAGAUGCGGUCGAUCAACAUUAUGCUUUAGUAAAAGAAUUAUGUAGAUUACGGCAUAAACGUUUAAAUGAUGCUCUUUCGAUGUAUAAACUAUUUGAUGACUCAGAUACCGUACGUACAUGGAUAACUGAAAAAGAAAAACUUUUGACGACAUUAGUUCCAAGUGACGAAAUUGAAGAAUUGGAGGUUAUUCGACAUCGGUUCGAAUGUUUCGAAAAAGAAAUGGCUGGAAACGCCAAAAAGGUUGGUAGUGUAAAUCUACUUUCAGAAGAAAUGUUAGAUAAAGCUCAUCCAGACGCUGAAAAGAUAUUAAGACAUCAAGAUGAACUUAACGCAUCAUGGAAUGAGUUAGCCGACCUUGUUGACAAACAAAAAAGACAAUUAGAUUUAUCUUACCAGUAUAAUCAAUUUUUAAUCGAAAGUUCAGAAACAGCGAAUUGGAUAAAAGAUAAAGCAAAGUUAAUCGAAUCAACCGAUGAGCUAGAUAAUAACUUGGAGGGUAUUAUGCAGCUUCAGCGUAGACUUGGUGGAUUACAACGCGAUUUAAAUGCUAUUGAGGCUAAGGUUAAGCACUUGGAUGAACAAGCCCAAGAACUUACUGAAGCAAAACCAGAAACUCAAGCUGUUGUUAUAGCUGAAAAAGAGAAGAUUCAUGACUUAUGGAAUGAACUGAAAGAGAUCGUAAAAGAAAGAGAUGAUCGACUUAAUGAUUCAAGCGAAUUGCAACGUUUCUUACAAGAUUUAGAUCAUUUCCAAAUCUGGCUUCGUCGCACACAAAUCACUGUAGCUUCUGAAGAGGUUCCAAAUAAUUUAGAGGAGGCGGAGACCCUUUUAGACCAACAUGAACAAUUAAAAGCUGAAAUCGAUGGAUAUGAAAAUGACUUUCAUCGGCUUAUGGAUUUCGGCAGACGUGUGACUGAAGUUCAGACAGAUGCCCAAUACAUGUUUUUGGCCCAGAGGUUAGACGGUAUCGAAGAAAAUUGGGAAGCUUUACGAAGAAUGUAUGAAAACCGCACCGCAGCAUUACAAGAAGGUGUCGAAGCCCAAACAUUCUUUAGAGAUGCUUUACAAGCGGAGGUCCUUCUAGCAAAAAUGGAGAAGGUUGUUUCCAAGGAAGAAGCUCCUAUCAAUUUGGAGAUGGCACAAGAAAAUCUUCGUAAUUUUGAAACCUUCCGAACGUCAUUGGUGCCAACCGAUGAAAAGAUUGACAAUGUGUUGAAUGAUGGUGCGAAAUUGGUUGGUCGUGGAAUUUUCCCUACUGAAAAGAUUCAAAAUAAAUGUGAACAACUUAAACAACGACGAGACUCUCUAAAGAGGCGAGCAGAUGAACAUGGUCAAAAACUCAAAGAACAGUUACAUCUACAAGAAUUUUGUCAGGACGUUGACGAUGCUGAAGAAUGGCUUGCUGAGAAAGCUAUGGCUAUUACAGAGCAACCGGCACCUAUUGCUCGAAGCAUUGCUGCAUUAUAUGGACGAUUUAAGGCGUUUGAAGGCGAACUUGAUGCCAACAAGGAGAAAAUUGCCAAAGUUAUUGAAGAGGGAGAAGAGCUUAUUGUAGCCCAUCCUAUGCUUCAAGUCCAAGUCGAACCGAAAAUAUCUGCCUUACGUAAGCAGUGGGAAGACCUUAACACCACUACAGCUGAUAAGAGCGCGAAAAUGGCAGAUGCUAACAGAGAAACAUUAUUCGAUGAAACUGCUAAGUCUAUGCUUACAUGGAUUACUGAAGUUAGCUCACAAAUAGUUACUACUACAGAAGAAGUUACUGAAGAAAUCGGUCUCGUUGAAAUCAAUGAACAUCUCAAAGAUCAAGAACGCAAGGAUCAAGAAUUGGCUGCCAAACGCCGAAUGCUUCAAGAUAUGGCGACUCAUGCAGAAAAACUCAAAGAACAAUAUCCUGAACGUCGUGAAGAGUUUGAACAAGUUCACCAGGAAGUGCGUAUUCGUCUUACUGAAUUAGAAGCUCCUCUAGCUGAUCGCCGUGAUCGCCUUGUUAAACAAAAGAGAGUUCGUCAAUUCUUACGAGAUAUUGAAGACGAGAAGGACUGGAUUAAAGAAAAGUUGGCACUUAUUGAAGACUCAUGCAAGCUUGGAAGUUCAUUACUUGCCACACAACAACUUAUAAGACGUCAUCGCAUGCUGUCUAACGAAGUAGAUAAUCACCGUCCACGUAUUGAUGCCGUUUGUCACGAAGGCGAAAAAAUGAUACUUGAAGGUCAUCCACGAAGCGAUCGAUUCCGUGAAGCCAUAGAUGAAUUAUGGGUGUUGUGGGAACAAUUACAACAUGUAGUAGGAGAAAGACAAGAACAAUUAACACGAAAUGAAGUUGCACAGCAGUAUCUAUUCGAUGCAAGCGAAGCUGAAGCUUGGAUGGGAGAGCAAGAACUUUACUUAAUGGGUGAUGAACGUGCAAAGGAUGAACAAGGCGCUAAUAACGCAAUUAAAAAGCAUGAACAACUACAAAAAACUGUAGAGAACUAUGCCACAGAAAUCCGUGGAUUAGGUGAACGAUGCCAGGCUUUAUUGGAAGCCAAUCAUCCUGAGUCUGAAGCUGUUGUCGCUAAACAGGCACGCAUUGACAAGAUGUAUGCGGGUUUACGUGACCUAUGUAGUGAACGCCGGGCAAGGCUUGAUGAGAUUCUGAAGUUGUAUCAUCUCUUACGAGAUAUUUUAGAUCUUGAGGCUUGGAUUGCAGAACGUAUCUUGGUAGCAAGUAGUCAUGAAGUUGGUGCAGAUUACGAACAUUGUUGUUUACUUCGAGAACGUUUCGCCGAAUUUUCUCGUGAAACAAAUGAACUUGGAAAAUAUCGUAUUAGUGCAGCGAAUGAAUUAUGUAACGCUCUUAUUGGUCAGGGUCACAGCGAAGCUGCUGAAAUCGCCAGUUGGAAGGAUCGAAUUAAUGAAGCAUGGGCUGAUCUACUGGAGCUCAUUGAUACACGUAUUCAACUUUUGAAAACUGCAUGGGAUCUACAUAAAUUUUUGGCAGAUUGCCAAGAUGUUCUCGAUCGUAUUGUCGACAAAGUCAGCAGUAUUCCAGAAGAAGUUGGACGUGAUGCUAAAGCUGUCGCUGCACUUCAACGCAAACACAAUACAUUUGAAUGUGAACUGGCACGUCUUGGAUCACGAGUGGAAGGGAUCGUAGAAGCGGCUAAUAGCUUACUACCGUCUUACGCCGCAGAUAAAGAGCGUCUUAUAUGUGACCGCCGGGACGAAGUUAUUCAUGCAUGGCGACAACUACAAUGUGCUGCGGAACAACGUAAAGCACGCUUACAUGAUGCCUCUGAUGUCCAUCGUUUCUUCUCUAUGGUACGUGAACUUCGUUUGUGGAUGGAUACUAUUCGUAUGGAGAUGACCACUAAAGAAAAGCCAAGGGAUGUAUCCGGAGUUGAAUUGCUGAUGAAUAGUCAUCGUAGCCUAAUGGCUGAAAUAGAUGCUCGAGAGGAAAACUUCAGCAUUUGCCUAAGUUUAGGUCGAACUCUUCUAAAUCGUCGACAUCCUCAAGAAGAAGAAGUCAGAAAAAAAUGCAUUCAGCUGGUAACUGAAAAAAUUUUGCUGAAUGACCAAUGGGCAGAGCGAUGGGAAACGUUAAGUCUUCUUAUGGAGGUAUAUGAGUUUGCUCGGGACGCUGAGAUAGCAGAUACUUGGCUUACGUCACAAGAAGCUUAUCUUAAUAACACUGAUUUGGGUGAAACGUUAGAUGAAACCUUAGCAUUGUUGAAAAAACAUUUUGCAUUUGAACGUGCAGCCGCUACACAAGAAGAACGUUUCCGAGAGUUAGAGAAACUUACAACUCUUGAAUUGAAAGCACGUGAAAGAACUCCAGAAACCGAGGCUGCCAGGCAAUUGGAAAAAGAAAGGAAAAUAUCUGAAGCUGUUAGAGAAUUUCAGCCACCUCCACCUCCUGUGUCCGUACCUGUACAAACGCCGGUUUCAGAGGCUGAUAGGCGGGCUGUGGAUAUCAGAGAUGCUGAACAAGGUAGUAGUCGUCUUCCAACGGUAACCACCCCAAGACAUGAACGUGGAAGUUCUGAUGUUGGUAAACCUGUUCCUCGUGACUUUGAAGGUGUUUUAACACGUAAACAUGAAUGGGAAACAGGCACAAAGAAAGCUUCUUCUCGCUCUUGGCAUGAGUUGUAUUUUGUCCUCUCUGCGACGUCUUUCACACUUUCUGCCUAUAAAGAGCAAAAACAUGCCAAAGAAAGACCUGGGGAUUUAUAUCGGCAUGAACUCCCUGUUAAUUUAGUGGGCGCUUCCGCUGCACCUGCGUACAACUACGCCAAACGCUCUUUUGUAUUCCGUCUCAAACUUUCGAACGGAGGUGAAUCUCUAUUUCAAGCACAUUCUGAAAAACAUAUGCAUAGCUGGGUUCAAGCUAUUAAUGUAGUGGCAUCAAGUGCAAGUGGGCAACCAAUGGAGUCUUCUUCAUCUGCUGGAGGACGAGCUGCCACGUUACCUUCUGGAGUUGCUCCUGAGUCUCAAGUAGCUAGUAGCUCUUCUGCUCCCGGGAAGAAAAAGUUUUUCACUUUAGGUCGUAAAAAGUAGUUGAUCUUUUAUUGAAUGUGCUUGUGAUACUUUUGUUGAGGUAGUAAAAAUAACUUGUGACUAUCCCUUGUCACUCACUCACUAUCGUAGCUUCUUAAUAUAGGCUCACAAAGUGCACAAGCAAUUAACUUGUCCGUGUUUUCUUUUCGCUUUAAAUAAACGCGCGCGCGCAUUUUCGUAUGAUUUUUAAACAUCCGCCUCGUUUUUUAAGUCUCUUGGUUUCGGAAGUUUUUUUUAUAAAUAUGUAAGCGCGUUUAUUUUACCUCCGGUUCGAAGGCCAACACAUACAUACACAUAUAACUUCUUUAAUUAAUCACCACGUUGUUGCUGAUACUGUUGCUUUUUUAAAAAAAAUCGGAAGCAUAAAUUAUUCUUGAGAUAUUUUAAUAAUAAUCCUCAGUUUUAGGAUGUUAUUAUUGUUAUUAUCGCUAUAGUUAUUCUAUUUUAUUUUUUGUAAAGUUAUUCAAAUAAUCACUAAGUUAGUUUAUUCAUGUAUUUGUUCGUUUCUCUGUUUGUUUGUUUCUGAUUCAUUUUUAUCCCAUCACUUCAAGCUUACUACAUUAUACAUACAUACGAUGAUACAUUUACAUUGAUUACGAAAAAAAAGUAAUGAUAAUAAGCAGCCAACUUGUUAAUUUCCCAAUAAAUAACAAUACAUGUGCAUUUUCGCUUUUUUCUGUUGUUAUAUUUCACCCUUUUCUAAUAAUGAACUGCUUUAAAGAAAUUAUGAUUUCGGUUAGUUUGGUUUUAAUCUUUUUGUGUGUAUUUGUUCGCUUGUUCGUCUAAAAGUAACAACUAUUGAUCAAAUUAUGAAUUAGUACUACUCAUCGUAAUAAUCAAUUAAGUCACUAAUAGUCUACAUGUUUCCAAAUGGUUUUUUUCUCUUUAUUCCUCUUCACUGCUUUUUGGGGACUUGGAAAAAAGAUUGAUGGUAGCCUUUCAUUAUCGUUUAUAAUAAUUAACUCUGCAUGUUAACAAUAUAUUGAUAUAUAUAUAAAAUACUGUCGACUCUACCAAUAAUUAAGAGAAUAACAAGUAUGAAAGCUCGUUCCUAUAUAAUAAUAAUAAUAAUAAUGAUAAAAGCGAUGAUAACCAUUUUCAUGCUUUCUCUUAGAUCCGUUUCUUCUCGUUAUUUGUCAUUGUUUUAUCAACUAUACAACUAACUAAUUAAGACUUAUUCACAAAAAAUAAAUGCGAAUAGUAAUUUUCUGAUUGUUAUAUCUGACUUAUCUUUGUCAAUGUGAACAGAUUUACCUUUUUUUACUGAAUUUUUUCUGAGUUAACUUACAAGAAGAUUUAGUCUAAUUAAUAAAAAAGAGCAAAUUUAUAUCGUUUGUGUUCAAAUGGCAAUAAGUUGAUUUACAAAUGUCCCUAGUUAUCAGUAUAGUUUUUGUUAAAUAUGGUUGAAAGUCAAGUUAUAUAUGAUUGUUGUCCUAAAACCCUCUAGUAAUUGACACCAAUAUCCUAGCUACUUGCUAAUUUUCUAAAAUGCUCCUAGACUCGAGCUUCUAACUAGAGAAAAGUCUCGAAGUAAGAGUAGGAGCUUCACUUCAAGGUCCGUUUAUUUAUGUUUUCAUCGAUAACUGUUAAACUCUGAAAGCAUCCUAAAUUAAGUAACAGAACCAGUGGUCAUCCAGUCAGAAUUUAACACAUAGUUCAUCAAUUUUCAAAAAGUCUUCAUGGAACAUGGUGAUUGGAAGAAAUGCUUUCAGAUUUUUUCCGAUGUUGGGGCAUCUUAUUGAAGAAUUGUUGUAGGAUCCCAACAGUAGUUUCUUGAUUCAUCUAGUGGAAUACAUAGUAUUGUUUAGCUAUUAUUUGCAAUUUCUCCAAACCAUAAGCAUAAUACAAACACCAUAGUAUAAUCAGUGUGUUGGGAGUUGAGUUAUUUUAUUUUAUUUGAACACGUAAAUAUGUGUACAAAGAGGCGCCGAAUAUAUAUGCGCCACACAAGUGAAUUGUUUUGUGUGCGGGCUAUGCCCGGGUGCCCAUACCGAAGCAGGUGGUUCUCUUAGGGGACCACGACCUGAAUGUCUGAUCCACAAAGCAGUGGAGCAACGUAAGGAGAUGCGGUUCCAUGGCAGCCGGUGACCAAUAGUUCAUAUUCCAUUUGUUCCCUUAGGAUACUGGAGCCCAUGUGCACCAUUGGUUCGGAAUCAGAGUUUUCCAACUCCCCUAGAUGGACACCGUCUCCACUAACCCGGUUAAAGCGCCGGACAUUCACUUUUCGUCUUCUGAAUUUCGUAGACAACAGUAAUGUCGCGAGAAGGUUGUGAGUAGGUUUCCCUGUCAGUGGAUGUGUAUGCGUCGCCAUGUGAGAUUAUUUCGACAGAGAAAGCUGACUCUUCGCACCCUCGGCCGUACCAGGGCAUUCCACUCAACUUUAAGUUGAGUGAAAUCAAAGUUCAUUGAUCACGGGCUUUCAAGGUGUUGAUUCUCUUGGUCAAUAUCUUGUCGGACUUUAAAAACAACAAAACAUCUCGCUUUAAAAUCCCAAACGCUAACGGCGCAGUUGUCCAGUUAUUUUAAAGUUAAAAUGUAGACUUGGUAAUCUUGUAUCAAGAAUUUCUCCAUGUAGCUUCUAUGAAUGGAACACUUAAUUUAAUAUUUACAAAUCCUCAACCUAUGGCUAGAUUGACUUUUUUAAUCAUCAUCAUUAUUAUUGUAUAAUCGUAUAGGGAUUAUGGUGUCAUAGUCGUUAAAUAUAUUCAGUGUGUUCAAUCAUUUUGCUUAAAUCCUAUCAUACACAAUCUUGGGUGCAGUCAGUCAGCUACAAUGUAGGACAUAUAUGCAUUGGUCCAAGUUUCCGCGUUUCAUUAACACAACAAGAUGAAGUUCAGUAAAUGUAACUGCAGCAAAUACUUGCGUGGACAGCAUGAUGCGUUUGAUUUUACUUCACACAUUAUGCACAUUGAAUAUCGUACGGAAAUUCCUUUUUUAAUGUAGUGCAAAAGUAGACACCAAAUACGUUUGUAUCCCUCUACAAUUUAUAACGUCAUUGAUUCCCUAAUAUGUUUCUUCCUAUUACUCUUCAAUGGUUGAAAGUAAUCAAAUGAUGAAAUCUAAUGCUUCUUGAACUAUAUAAACAAAAUUAACAACUCAUAUAAUCAAAUGUCCAAUAUUACUUAGUUUUGAAUUGUACUAAACUGAUUUUUCUCUCCAAUUGUAUUGGUUGUUUGCUUAUAACUAUCCGUCUAAGGGUAAUAUUACCAUAUAUCUAUUCAUGAAUUUCUCUCUAUUUAAAAACAAUACAAAUAAACUUAAGUUGAUUGACUAAUUGUUUGGUUGUGUUACAUCAGUAUUUUCCCAAAAUUACGUGGAUAAAAGGCAAUCAAUGGUUAAUGAAUUUAGUUUCGAGUUGAUCUUCACACUCAUUCGUUUUCGACUAGAAUUGACCUCCGUUAUUUGUGAUAUCCAGAUUAGCUUCACAACCCCUACGAUUGUCCACUUGUUGUAAGGGCACUAAUUAGCAAAAGGACACUGAAUUCACUCCUUUAUCGAUCAACUGCAACUCAAAUGAAGCCAUGCUGUUACUAUGUUUGCCAGUUGGAACUGAAUUAAGACUCGAAACAUUGGGACGUUCAUACCGGUUGGCUGUGAUGCCUAAAACUGUCUGGGGAGUCUGUAAAAUCGAAGUUAAGGAACGGCUAGGUUGCUAUAUUGAAAAUGCCAUAUCAAAUAUGUUUUCCAACCACAAUUAAAGUAAGUGUAUCUUCUUUCACUUAGUCCAAAUUAUAGUUCCAGCGUUUUAUACUGCUUAGAAAAUGUAAGGACAUCAAAGCUGAUUGCCAACACAGUGUAACUAUUAUUGUAACUUACUGAUAAUUACGAAAAUACCAUAGUGUUUUUAUUAAUAAAGUUUUCAUAUAAAAUUUACUAUCCAUUAAAUUUGAUCUUAGUACCUCAGAUGUGGUAUUUCCCUUUUUUGCGAAUAGACAUGUACACCAAACAUUCCUAGAGUAAUACAGGGUUCAAGUUUUGUAGGUUGUUAAUAAGUGAAUUAACUUGCUACUCUCUAUAAUCUGGUCUGGCAUUGCGAAGUCUGCUGUCAGUAUGCCACUUUCACUCUAAUCAAUGGCCCCUGACUUUGACUUAAAAACCCAUAUAUAUAUAUAUAUGAUCACAAUGAUUAGACAAUAUGUGAAGAUAUUUUUGCUGUAUCCAUUAAUGCUUGCCAGUGCUAAUAUAUACCAGUAUAAAUUGUAAAAUAAUUUAAAAGGAGACCACAUACAAGGUGAGAGUUUGAAACACCCUCCGUCUUUCCAUAAACUUAUGUCACUACUUAAAUAUCUAUUUACAUUAAUUUUUAUGGUUAGAAAAGUUUUAUUAGGCGAAACAUGAACUUGUUCGAAAUAUGGUGGGAGGGUUUUUGCAUAAUUUUCAAAUGUCCGUUUACGUAAUAUGUACUACCUAAUUUAUUUUGUAAGUCGUUGAUCACUGCUUUGAUAUAUAUAUGUAUAUACGUGCAUCGAGUGUUAAAUAACCAAUAUCAUUUUUAUAUGGUUUAACUAAAACCAAAUGAUAUUAUGUAACAGUUAAUUUUUAAGAUUAAAUUGAGGUCAUGUACCACUAUUGAUAACUUGAAAGCACUGGACAGCCGUUUCAUUCUAGUGUGGUCUCAGUUGAAACUCAACAAUCUCCAUAACCCUGUAUUGAUAAUUAUCAUGUGCUCACUAGUGAUUAGCUUCUAGGGGUAAUUCUCCGAGUUCUAAUGAGAAGCCGUGUCCAAUGGAGUUCAACCGUGUUGAUUGUGACGCUUUUACCCACCGAAGACGAUGGGAGAUGGUCACUUAAUAUCAUUUAUUGGUUGAAUUUAGACAUCAACACCUUUGGAUCCCGGCUCAGUAGUCUAGAGUUUAAGCAUUCGCACGAAAUUGAAAGUCCUGAGUGUGGGAUCAUGGAUGAGCGCUGCUGAGGAGCCCCAUACUAGGCUCAGUGUUUACAAAAGUGAUGAUAAUCAAAGUUAACUAGAUGUCAACUGUAGAAAGUUAUUGGCUAUGAUGAUUGUAGUUCAGAGAGAGGUCUAGGCACCAUAAUGAGUCAUGUGUUUUUGAAUCCCUUUUUAUAUCCAACGAGAUUAAGUAAGUAGGAUAGUAUCAAUAAAUGCGGUGCAAUGUUGUGAUUUAUACUGUGGUAUGAAUUGGAUUUUGUUGAUUUACUCCAACCGAAUCUUAUAACUUAAUAUCAAGUAUCGUUUUUACAUAACUUAACGAUAUUUAUCAUUUUCGAUACUAGCACCAAAGACUGAAAUCACCAGGAGAACCUUUCAAAACUACUGGAGAGUACUUAUAUCCCUGUUUGGGACUCUUCAUUAAUGCACAUCUACAACUCUAAACAGAAUUUAGCACAGAACAUUAAGGUCUCGUAGAGAGUAAAUCUUUCACAUAAAUUAAGAUUAGUAACAUUUAUAACUUUACCAAUUUCUUUUUUUACUCCUCCUUUUUUAGCAAUCAUAAAUCUCAUGCAUAUCAUUAUUUUCAGAAAAUGUAAUGAUUAUUUCUAUGUUAAAACAGAAUUAUCAUUUAGUAUUCAAGACAUAACCGUUCAUUAAUUAUCUACCCAGUUUUCUUUUUUAAAAAAAUUUAGAUUCACACAGUUUUUGUAUCACUUCAAUUUGUCAUUUUUAGUGGCAUGCUUAUUUUGUGAAAUAGUAAAUUUCGUAUAACCUUAUCAUCAUCAUCAUAUGAUUUGCAUGAUGUUUUAUAAUUUCACAUUGCCCAAGUUAUGUAGUGAUCCUUAAAGAUUUAUGAAUAAAGAUACUAGAGAUCAUUUUCUAAAAGAACGUUUCAGUUGUUAAAUGUUAUAUGGAAGUCAGUAAUGUAAGGUCAUUGUAAGUUAGAGGUAACUGAACGACAAGAUGAUAAUUUACAGGGAUUCAAUACUUGUUUUUCAAAUCAUGUUGUAAUGGAACAAUUCACCAAUUGAAUCAAUCAUUUUAGUAUUAGAAACAUU